AUGGCGCUCAAAAGAAUCAAUAAGGAAUUGGCCGACUUGAGGCGGGAUCCACCACCAUUAUGUAGCGCUGGUCCCAUUGGGGAUGAUCUUUUUCAUUGGCAAGCGACAAUAAUGGGACCUUCAGAAUCUCCAUAUGUCGGAGGGGUAUUUUUCCUUUCUAUCGUCUUUCCCACAGAUUAUCCGUUCAAACCACCAAAGGUAACUUUUACAACAAGAGUGUAUCAUCCGAAUAUCAACAGCAACGGAAGUAUAUGUUUGGAUGAUCUAAAGGACCAAUGGUCCCCGGCUCUUACCAUCUCGAAAGUUCUUAUUGCCAUUCGCUCAAGAUUAAUUGAUCCUAAUCCCGAUGAUCCACUUGAACCCGAAAUUGCGCACUUAUACAAGUCAGACCGUAAUCGUUAUGAAGAUACGGCACGGGAAUGGACGCGCAAGUUUGCGAGUGGUGUCAUGAUGGAUUGA